AGGCCCACAGCCAAGACCUCACGCGGGCUUCUUGCUGGCCUUUAAGAUCAGGUUUGGUGAGCUGGGAUACUCCUAUAAGAAAAACAAUUUUUCGUCUAUUUCAUGUCUGCUUUUCGCCCCUGCUAGCGGGAUCGCCGUAUCCGGAACAGACCCCGCCUUCGGGUUUUUGCCUCUGCCGCCGGAGGCUUCCGCCCGGGUCCAAGAUGGCGUCCGGGCGUCCUUCUUAACUUCCACCUGCCUUGGCGGCGUCUGACGUCGGAGCUGGCAGUGGGUGGGGCGGUUAACAACCCGCAAAUGUAGGGUCCUGGGAGCGGGAGUCGGCCAUGGACUGGAAAGACGUGCUCCGCCGGCGCCUGGCGUCGCCCAACAAGGAUCCGAAGAGGAAAAAAAGUGAACAAGAAUUAAAAGAUGAAGAAAUGGAUUUAUUUACCAAGUACUACUCAGAAUGGAAAGGAGGUAGAAAAAACACAAAUGAAUUCUAUAAGACCAUUCCCCGGUUUUAUUACAGGUUGCCCGCAGAAGAUGAAGUCUUACUACAGAAAUUAAGAGAGGAAUCUAGAGCUGUCUUUCUACAGAGGAAAAGCAGAGAACUCUUAGAUAAUGAAGAAUUACAGAACUUAUGGUUUUUGCUGGAUAAGCACCAGAUACCACCUAUGAUUGGAGAGGAAGCAAUGAUCAAUUAUGAAAACUUUGUGAAGGUUGGAGAAAAGGCUGGACCCAAGUGCAAGCAAUUUUUUACUGCAAAGGUCUUUGCCAAACUGCUCCAUACGGACUCCUAUGGGAGAAUUUCCAUCAUGCAGUUCUUCAACUACGUCAUGCGAAAAGUUUGGCUGCAUCAAACAAGAAUAGGACUCAGUUUAUAUGAUGUUGCCGGACAAGGGUACCUUCGGGAAUCAGACUUAGAAAACUACAUCCUGGAACUUAUCCCCACUUUGCCACAAUUAGAUGGGUUGGAAAAAUCCUUUUACUCUUUUUAUGUUUGCACAGCAGUUAGGAAGUUCUUCUUCUUUUUGGAUCCUCUAAGAACAGGGAAAAUCAAAAUUCAAGAUAUUUUAGCAUGCAGCUUCCUAGAUGAUUUACUGGAGCUAAGGGAUGAGGAACUGUCCAAAGAGAGUCAAGAAACAAAUUGGUUUUCUGCUCCUUCCGCCCUGAGGGUCUAUGGUCAGUAUUUGAAUCUUGAUAAAGAUCAUAAUGGCAUGCUCAGUAAAGAAGAACUCUCCCGUUACGGAACGGCAACCAUGACCAAUGUCUUCUUAGACCGUGUUUUCCAGGAGUGUCUC